GCCCGCGCUCCGCUGCGCUCAGCAACCCACCUCGCCGGGGUUCAGUCCUUCCCUGGACGGGGCAGGACUCGUGCGCCGCGGCCGCCUCCCGUGUUCCAGCGGCGGCGAGGGAAGCUUCCUGGCACGCGACCGACCAAGGAGAGACCGCGGGAGUGGGGCGGGCGGUGGCGGGGGCGGAGACUGCGCGCCGCCCACUCGGGAGGGCCUCAAAGCAGACCCUGCAGACUCGCGUCCCCACGCGCGGCGCCGCAGAGCUCGGCCAGUGCGGACAGGGGCCAGCGAGCCGCUGCGCGCGGGCUGCCCUAGGAAGCGCCUCACCAGCGUGGCCCUGCGCUCGGCCCCCGGUGCCAGCCGGGGGUGCGGCGGCGCGGAGGGGCGCCAAGCGUGUCCUUGCGUCCGCCGGCGCGGCGCGUCCAUGGGCAGCCCCUGGAACAGCAGCGACGGCGCGGAGGGCGCGCUGCUGCCGUGCGACGAGCGCCUCUGCUCGCCCUUCCCCCUGGGGGCGCUGGUGCCGGUGACCGCUGUGUGCCUGGGUCUGUUCGCCGUCGGGGUGAGCGGCAACGUGGUGACGGUGCUGCUGAUCGGGCGCUACCGGGACAUGCGGACCACCACCAACCUGUACCUGGGCAGCAUGGCCGUGUCCGACCUGCUCAUCCUACUCGGGCUCCCCUUCGACCUGUACCGCCUCUGGCGCUCGCGGCCCUGGGUGUUCGGGCAGCUGCUCUGCCGCCUCUCGCUCUACGUGGGCGAGGGCUGCACCUACGCCACGCUGCUGCACAUGACGGCGCUCAGCGUCGAGCGCUACCUUGCCAUCUGCCGCCCGCUCCGCGCCCGCGUCCUCGUCACCCGGCGCCGCGUCCGCGCACUCAUCGCUGCGCUCUGGGCGGUGGCGCUGCUCUCCGCAGGGCCCUUCUUCUUUCUGGUGGGCGUCGAGCAGGACCCCGGCGUCGCCGCGGUCCCGGACCUUAACGGAGCCGCGCCGCGCACCCCCGCGCCCCGCACCUGGCCGCCACCGUCGCCCCCGUCGGGGCCCGAGGCCGCCGAGGCCGCGGCCGCCGCGGCGCUGUUCAGUCGUGAGUGCCGGCCGAGCCCAUCUCAGCUGGGCGCGCUGCGCGUCAUGCUGUGGGUCACCACCGCCUACUUCUUCCUGCCCUUUCUGUGCCUCAGCGUCCUCUACGGGCUCAUCGGGCGGGAGCUGUGGAGGAGCCGGGGGCCGCUGCGAGGCCCGGCCGCCUCCGGGCGCGAGAAGGGCCACCGGCAGACUGUCCGCGUCCUGCUGGUGGUGGUUCUGGCAUUUAUAGUUUGCUGGUUGCCUUUCCACGUCGGCAGAAUCAUUUACAUAAACACGGAAGAUUCUCGGAUGAUGAACUUCUCUCAGUACUUCAACAUUGUUGCUUUGCAACUUUUCUAUCUGAGUGCGUCCAUCAACCCCAUCCUCUACAACCUCAUUUCAAAGAAGUACAGAGCAGCGGCCCGGAAGCUGCUGCUGGCCAGACAGUCCAGACAGAGAAGUUUCUGCCGAAGCAGGGACACGGAGGGGGACACAGGAGGAGGCACUGCUGGCUACACAGAGACAAGCGCCAACGUACAGACGUCGUCGACCAGCAUGGCCAAGCGAGUCGCUUCCUCCCACGAUGCCGGGACUUCAGGGAAAACAGGAGACAAUUCCACUUCUGAGGAAAUGUUCAAAACUAUUGCACAGCACCUCCUGGGAACCUAG